AUGGCAGGGAGGGGCCCAGAGGUGGUGGCCAUUGACUGUGAGAUGGUGGGCGUGGGCCCCAGCCAGGAGAGCAGCCUGGCCCGCUGCAGCCUGGUGGACCUCCAGGGCCGUGUCCUGUAUGACCAGUUCAUCUUGCCCGAGGGACAGAUUACCAACUACCGCACACCGGUCAGCGGGGUCACCCGCCAGCUGCUGGAAGGGGCUACGCCCUUCGCCAUAGCAAGAGCAGAGGUCCUCAGGCUCCUGCAGGGGAAGCUGGUGGUGGGCCACGACCUGCGGCACGAUUUCAAGGCGCUCAGGGCGGACAUGGGCAGGUUCCACACCUACGACUCGGCCACCGACCCAUGGCUGCGGCGGGCGGCCCGGCUAGGUGACAGCCGUCCCCGCGUGUCCCUGCGGGAGCUGAGCCAGAAACUGCUGGGAUGCGAUGUCCAGGCCAGCCAGUCGGGGCACAGCUCCGUGGAGGAUGCCAGGGCCACCAUGCAGCUGUACCGGCUCUCCCAGCAGCUCCGAGCCCGGGACCAGACCCGGGGCCACCCCAGGACCAGAGGUAUAGAGGCGAAUGUGGGGGUGUCCAGCACGGCGGGCCAGGCCGGCGGCGCACCUGAGUCACCACUGACUCAGGCCCUGGAGGAACACCGCCCGGAGGGUGGGGGGUGA